UUUUUCUUUUUUUUUUUACCUGUCAUUGCUGAUCACCCAUUUUUUUUUUUUCAAACACAAACCAUUCCCACAAUGUCCGACUCUGUAACUACCGCUUUCUUGAACGCCUGCCAGGGAACCCUCGGGGGAGCCGAAGUUGUGGAGGGCAGGACCGAUGCUGACCGCAAGGAGGUCAAGGACUGGAUCGAUCGCUUCGAGAGGGAUAUCACUCCUCUUGCCAAGGCAUUGAACGACCAUCUCGAGACCCGCACCUAUAUCGUCGGUCACUCUAUCACCAAUGCAGACCUCUGGUCCUUUGUCAAACUCCACGAGCAGAUUAGCGGUUUGUCCAGAGACGGUCAAUUGAAGCGUCCCCACUUGACCAGAUGGUUCGAUCUGAUUCAGGAGCAGACCCAGGACUUGGGUCACUUGGUUCCUGUCGCCAUUGAUCUCGAGGCUCCCGAGUUGAAGAUUGUGUCCAAGGAAAAAGCCCCCACAGCUCCCGCAGGAAGCACUGCAGACGAGAAGAAGGCCAAGAAGAACCUUAAGAAGGACGCUAAAGCCGAGGAAAAGAAGGCGAAGAAAGAAGCCAAUUCUGCUGCUACUGCUGCAACUCCCACCCCCACCGCCGAAGCAGCUGUCGUUACCCCAGCAGAGGGCUCUGGAGCAGCUGCAGCUCCUGAGCGCAACAACACCCAGAAGAAGGAAAAGAAGCCCAAGGCCCCCAAAGCUCCAGUAGCGCCUGCAGGGCCCACGACCCCUCAGCCUUGGCAGAUUGAUCUCCGGGUUGGCAAGAUCCUGAAGGUUGAAAAGCAUCCAGAUGCGGAUUCAUUGUAUGUCGAGACCGUUGAUGUUGGCGAAGCUGAGCCCAGGACUGUCGUCAGUGGGUUGGUCAAGCAUAUCCCGAUCGAGGAGAUGGAGAACCGUUGGUUGGUCUGUGUCUGCAAUCUGAAACCCGCGGCCAUGAGGGGUGUCAAGUCCUUUGCCAUGGUUCUCGCUGCUACGGAUGAUACCGGCAAGUUGGAGUUGGUGGACCCCCCCAAGGGCUCUAAGCCUGGUGACAAAUGCUACUUCGGCAACUGGAAAGAUGAGAAGCCCGAGGAAGUUAUGAAUCCAAAGAAGAAGAUCUGGGAGACUAUCCAGCCUGGACUUCACACCACACCCGAGUGCCGUGCAGCCUGGAAGUCGGACGAGGGCGAGGUUCAUGUCUUGCACACCGAGCACGGCGACUGCACCGUUCCUUCUGUUGUUGGCGCCAAGAUCAAGUAAAACGCUCGACCACAUUUGUACGCGUCCUCAACAUCAUCCCUAUCACCCCAGCAAUAAAGUCCUUUAUUUCUUUUCUGUACGCGAUACAUGGACUUGGUUCUUGUGAAAAUCUCAGCACCCUGCGGUUGUUCGCUGCUUUAUUGCGGGUAAAUAUACAUGUGCAAGGGUCGUGGGAGCAGAACU